UAGCGGAGGGAAGCGUUCCGUAGCCAACCAGUGACUUUACCCUCGAAGUUGACACGUAGACUUUGUCGUUGCAUUUUGCAGCGCUUGUCUUGUUGAGCUUAAACUAUGAUUUUAAGUGUAAGGAAAUAUUUUUCGGGUCGGAUAAUAAAGACGUAGCAGGAACACCAGAUUAAGUCUUGGGAACUCAUGUUGUAGGACGCCAGCUGAGGGAUGGCAGAAGAGCAGAGUCCCAGCAGGGCAGAAACGUUUGUUCUGGCUGGAUCCAACGGUCACAAUGGCCAGCAGUGGCACACCAACGUGUCCAACUCAAGGCCGCAGCACUCCACCACGGCUAACCGCGUGUCCAGGAUGGCCCGCGUCGCCUCCGACGUCAGGCACAAGUGUGCGGCCUACGUUCUAGCGCUGAGGCCGUGGAGCUUCAGCGCCUCGCUCACACCCGUGGCCCUCGGGAGUGCUUUGGCGUACAAACUGGAAGGCUCCGUGGACCUCGUGGUCCUGAUGGUGUGCGCCGUGGCUGUCCUCGUCGUCCACGGGGCAGGAAACCUCGUCAAUACCUACUAUGACUUCUCUAAGGGAAUUGACCACAAGAAGAGCGAUGAUAGGACUCUAGUGGAUGAAAUUCUGGCGCCACAGGAUGUUGUCAUGUUUGGUGCUUUGCUGUACUCCUUGGGCUGCUUGUGCGCCACUCUGCUCUACUUCCUGUCGACGCUUAGAUUGGAGCACCUCGCCCUUAUUUACUUUGGCGGGCUUUCCAGCUCCUUUUUAUACACCGGAGGUAUCGGCCUGAAGUACGUGGCCCUGGGAGACAUAGUGAUCCUCAUAACCUUCGGCCCCCUGGCAGUGAUGUUCGCCCACGCCGUGCAGGUCGGCUACCUGUCGGUGCUGCCGCUGGUCUAUGCCGUCCCGCUGGCCCUAAACACAGAAGCCAUUCUCCACAGCAACAACACGAGAGACAUGGACUCCGACAAGCAAGCUGGCAUCGUCACCCUGGCCAUCCUCAUAGGCCCCACGCUGUCUUACGUCCUCUUCAACCUCCUGCUCUUUGUCCCAUACGUUCUCUUUUGCAUCCUCGCCACCCGUUACACCAUCAGCAUGGCUCUGCCUCUGCUCACGCUGCCAAUGGCCUUCUCACUGGAAAAACAGUUCAGGAGUCGAUGCUACGCCAAGAUCCCUCAAAAAACUGCCAAGCUCAACCUCCUCAUGGGACUCUUCUAUGUUUUUGGGAUCAUUCUGGCUCCUCCUGGCAGCUUGCCGUUACUGUGAUGCUUUAGAUACAUCAAAAUAUUUGUUUUAUUACCGACUAGCUUAUGGUACCUCUUUUUAUUUGUAACAAUCUAUAUAAAGGCUUGUGCUGGCUUUAAUUUAUUCUCUUAAUUUAUAAGCUGAAGGUUUUGUUGCAGUUUUAAACCAUCUGCAACUUGUUAAAAAUAAGACAAGUGUCCAUCAUGUUGAAUGGGCCAAAGUUAGUGGAAACCUACUGCUGCCAGAUUUGUAGUCCUUAAAGCCACCGUUCAUAAUCUCAGCAUAUGAAGCUUAUUCUUCAUCUUUAAGCUUUUUGGCUGUUUAUGACUCCUACUUAAUUUGGUCUUUGUGGUUUUUACUUUUUCAAGAGCCAAAUAGUUUGAAAUCAUUGUAAUAAUAAAACUUACC